AUUGCAAGUAUUGAAACAAGACAACUCGGCCAGUCAUACAAGUUUGCCCCACAAAUAGUGGACAGCGAACAGCUCUUGCUUAGUUCGCUUCGCGACACCGUGAUUGACUAACGUGUUGUGUUUGAUCGGAUAUUAAAAUCGAAAUCGAUAAAAGAUGCUGAAAUUAACGCUCUUCAUCGCAGUCAUAGCGUCGGUACACGGCCAGUGCUUGGACAAAGAUGUGUCUAAGGCGAAUCCAGAAUCUCGAAUAGAUUUAUAUAAGGGCCAGCUACACUUCACAUUGGACCUAUUCAAUUCCAUAAACAAAGCUGUGCCAGAAGAUAAUAUAUUUUUCUCGCCGUUCUCCGUGUACCACGCGUUGCUUUUGGGGUAUAUUGCUGCUGGUGGACGGACAGAACAGAAUCUGAAGCAGGCGUUGAAGAUCUCAGACUCUAUGGACAAGGUGAACCUGCUGACAGCGUACAGAGUGGACAAAAGGUCACGAGAGAUGAACAAUAACAGCGACAGUUACGAGUUCACGAAUGCAAACAGGAUGUUUGUGGACAGCGGCCUGAACGUCAGACAAUGUGUGCGCGACCUACUUUUGGAUGAAUUGCAGGCGUUGAACUUCCAUGAGAACCCAAUCGCAGCCCGGGAAACCAUCAACAGCUGGGUAGAACGCGUUACAAAGAAUAAUAUCCAGGAUCUAAUACCAGCUGACGGUAUAUCCGAAGCCACCAAGCUGGUGCUGGCAAAUGCCGCGUAUUUCAAAGGCGUGUGGGCGUCCAAAUUCCUGGUAGAAAGAACGAAGAAGCAGGUGUUUUUUGUGUCUGAAACCCGACAGACCUUGUGGCCUUUUAUGAGACAGAAGGGAAUAUUUCAUUACAUGGUAAACGAUGACCUUGGAGCACAAAUCCUGGAACUUCCAUACAAGGGCAAUGACAUCAGCAUGUAUAUUCUUCUCCCGCCCUACUCCAUGAAGGAAGGAGUAUCGAAUAUAAUAGCGAAGUUGACACCUGAACGACUAGCCGCAGUUGUGGAGGAAGGUUAUAUGGGACGGGAGGUUGUGGUGGAAAUUCCCAAAUUCACAAUUGAAAGGAGCUUGCCUCUUCGUACAAUACUGCAAAGUCUGGGCGCGGGCGAUCUUUUCAACGCAACAUCCGAUUUUUCAUCUCUCACGGAUGAUCAUGGAAUAUACUUCGACGACGCCAUGCACAAAGCCAAGAUUCAAGUCGACGAAGAAGGUACGGUAGCAGCUGCUGCAACAGCGUUGUUCGGUUUUCGUUCCUCUCGUCCCGCGGAGCCGAGCGUCUUCAUAGCCAACUUCCCAUUCGUUUACAUUCUCUACGAGAAACCCACGAACUCUGUUCUCUUUAUGGGAGUCUUUAGGGACCCCAAGAAAUAACUUUGACUGAAUAAAUGUAUUUUAUUUUACACAGUCUGUAUAAGUUAUCUGUUUUAAGAAAUCCGCAUCCAAUUGUUUUGACUUAUGACACUUUAAGCUGUCAAAUAUUUCGUAAUUACGUCAAAUGUCGUUGAUGACAGCUUGCGUAAUGUCACAAAUGUUUGAAAAAAGAACGUGAUAUAGAAAAGAUUGUGUUAUGGUUUCACGAAUUUUUACCUAAAUUAUUUUAAACGAUGUUUUCAGCCAGAAUUUUACUAUCAUUUGAUCUAUGACUUAGCAUUUCCAAAUUUAAAGUAAUCAAAAUAUUUUUAUUUGUAAGAUUAGUAUUUUAUAUAUGUAUAAGAUGUGUUUUGUGUAAAUUAGUGUUUAUUGACUUAUUAUAAUAAGUAGCGAACGUAAAACAAAUUUUCCUUGUUUGUAUUUUUAUAAUCGAAAAUUGUGUUUUGCACAUACAUAAGCUUUAUUUAUUAAAUAAUAUUAAAACAA